CGGCGCCCCCCGCGGCGGGGCGGUGUUGCGUCGCCACCCCAGAGCCGGGCCGGGACCUCCGGAUCGCGCGGGGUUCCGGAGCGGCGGGGAGCUCGGGGAGGUGCCCGCGGAGGCCCGCGGGAGUUAGCUCGGGGGCUGGCGCGGAAGCCCGGGCCUGGGAGCCGCAGGCAUGCUGCGUCCCAAGGCUUUGACCCAGGUGCUGAGCCAGGCUAACACCGGAGGUGUCCAGAGCACGCUGCUGCUGAAUAACGAGGGCUCUCUGCUGGCCUACUCCGGUUACGGGGACACGGACGCCCGGGUCACCGCGGCUAUCGCCAGCAACAUCUGGGCCGCCUACGACCGCAACGGGAACCAAGCGUUUAACGAAGACAAUCUCAAAUUCAUCCUCAUGGACUGCAUGGAGGGCCGUGUUGCCAUCACCCGGGUGGCCAACCUUCUGCUGUGUAUGUACGCCAAGGAGACGGUGGGCUUCGGAAUGCUCAAGGCCAAGGCCCAGGCCUUGGUGCAGUACCUGGAGGAACCCCUUACCCAAGUAGCUGCCUCAUAAUGAGCCUUGGCUGAAGCUGGGGU